UAUAUUUUCUACGACACGUUUUGUGGUUAUUCCAGUUACUUAAAUCCUAAAAUAGACUCUUUAACGGACAAAAGCUGAACCAACCAAUAGGAAAGCAGCUUGUUACGAUGUCCGACAUUUCUGGUACGAUGGGAAGAUGGGGCGGUACAUAUAUUCAGAAAAUUAGUAUUUUCUACUUUAUUUCGCUCAUUACCAAUGUCAGCCGGAGUAUACGUUACUUUUGAAAUGCAGCACAUAUAUGAAAGUUGUAAUAAUUGGUAGCCAGUCAAAUACAACAAUGAAGAGAAAACCUGCUACUCCUCUGCGUCCCAAACGCAGCCGGCCGGUGAGGACCGGUAAUGAAUUUGUCACAGAAAAUGCCACUAUGUCGAGCUCUGAUGCCCUACCAAAGUUGGCGAGUGUCGUAGAAUCAGCUUCACAAAGCAGACACCUGACUAUGUCACAUCACAGUCAUAACCUCCUCAAGUUCUUGAAUGAAGACCGGACCCGGCAGAGGUUCUGUGAUGUUUCAGUGUCUGUGGGUGGGAAGCUCUAUUAUGCUCAUAAGGUGGUGUUGGCCCAUGGGAGCAGCUACUUCCACGCUGAGCUGUCCAAGAACCCAGCUACAACACUUGUGACUCUGGACCAUGUGGAGGACUCUGUUUUCCAGCAUCUGCUUGGAUUUUUGUACACAUCUGAAUGCAUUAUUACAGAGGCUGACCUGCCAGCUCUAAUGGAAGCAGCUCGAUUCUUGGACAUGAUGGAUAUACUGAAGCUGCUGAGUGAAGAGGGCAGCGUUCACCCUGUUAGUGCAACACAAGGCCAGGCUGAGACUAGAGGGUCUCCUGCAGUGGACCUGACCCCCAGCGACUCACCACCAAGUAAUACAGACAUCCGGAGCUCAUCAGAUAUUCAGUGUAACCUCAGUGGUCGACAGAUUAGUUCAGAGAACAUACUGCCGAACCAUGUUGUUGAAAACCAUAGUGAUACACAGCAGGAAAUUACAACUGAGAAAGAAAAGACAUCAGGUCCGAGGGCGGUUAAUAUGCGGAGAUCAGCACGAAAGAGGACAUCACUGAGUAAAAGAAAUGAUGUGGAGGGUACUGUCAAGAUGCCGAAUGAAGAACAAAAAACUGUAUCACCAAAGGAGCUGGGAGAAGAAAGAGUAAAAGAAGCAGGCAAAGAUGUUGCUGAAAAUCAAACAUCCAAACCUCAAGUCAACGACACGUCAGAUUCUACUCAGAUUGAAGAUCCCGCAGAUGAGGAGGAGCAGGAUGAGGAAGGGGAAAUGACUGAGGGUGAAGCUUUCCGGAUAAAAAUUGUAGAUGUUUGGGGAGCACUGGAUGUUCCAACUCGGCGACGGUCAGGAAGGACUGGGCCUCAGGCUGUGGGAGACGGGGAGGCUGGAAGUUCUACCCAGAGUCCGGUGUAUCCUGAGGGUCUGGCUCCAGUCAUCAUCCAGACUGCCAGCAAAAAGACCCUGAAGUGUCCAAAGUGUGAAAAGACCUUUGACCGAGCAGGAAAAUAUGAAAGUCAUACCAGAGUGCACACAGGAGAGAAGCCAUUCCAGUGUGAGAUCUGUCUUCAGCGCUACUCCACCAAGUCCAAUCUGACCGUCCACCAGAAGAAACACGCCUCCGACGCUCCCUUCCAGAAGAAGGAGCACAAGUGUCCGUUCUGUAACAAACUCCACGCCAGCAAGAAAACUCUGGCCAAGCACGUCAGGAGGUUUCAUCCAGACCACAUCCAGGAGUUUCUCGCCAAGAGGAAAAGGAAGAGUGAAGGCUGGAAAUGUGCAAUUUGUCUGAAGACCUUCACCCGAAGGCCUCAUCUCCAGGAGCACAUGAUCCUCCACACUCAAGAACGACCCUUCAAAUGCACCUUCUGUGAUGAGUACUUUAAGUCCAGGUUUGCCAGACUGAAGCACCAGGAAAAGUUCCAUUUAGGUCCUUUCCCCUGUGACAUCUGUGGCCGCCAGUUUAAUGAUACAGGAAACAGAAAAAGGCACAUUGAAUGUACACAUGGAGGCAAAAGGAAAUGGACCUGCUUUGUCUGUGGGAAAUCAGUGAGGGAAAGGACAACCUUGAGGGAGCACAUGCGGAUCCACAGUGGGGAGAAGCCUCACCUCUGUAGCAUCUGUGGUCAGAGUUUCCGUCACGGCAGCUCCUACAGGCUCCACCUCCGAGUUCACCAUGACGACAAACGCUAUGAAUGUGAUGAAUGUGGGAAAACCUUCAUACGCCACGAUCACCUGACCAAACAUCAGAAAAUACACUCUGGUGAGAAAGCACACCAGUGUGAAGAGUGUGGGAAGUGCUUCAGGCGUCACGACCAUCUGACCGUCCACUAUAAAAGUGUUCAUUUAGGAGAGAAAGUUUGGCAGAAGUAUAAAACUGCUGUGCAUCAGUGUGAGGUUUGCAAGAAGGAAUUUAAAGGAAAGUCCAGUCUAGAAAUGCACUUUCGAACCCACUCAGGUGAGAAACCCCACCGAUGUCCUGAAUGCCAUCAGACGUUCCGAAUCAAGAAAACCUUGACGAAGCACAUGGUGAUUCACUCGGACGCUCGUCCCUUUAACUGUCCGCACUGCAGCGCCACCUUUAAGAGGAAAGACAAACUGAAGUACCACGUCGACCACGUCCACAGCAGCCGCUUCACCGAGCAGCCCCUCGCGACGCUCAGCGAGGACAAAAUGGUCUCCAUCCCUUUUGACGAAAGCUCUAAGGUGUACCGAGCUGAAGCAAAGUCAGCCCUCCAGAGCCCGCCGCCUCCUAUGAACGUUUGCGUACCCGUCACUUUAGUUCCGGUCCAGCUGUCAGGUGGAGCGCAGGGGGACAUGAACACCCACUCCUCACAGUCCCACAGCGUUGUGAGCAUGCAGCCGCAAGGACAACAGAACUCCAGUUACCAGGCCGCCACCGAGCUGGCUUUCUUAGAGAAGUACACCCUCACCCCUCAGCCCACCAACAUCGUCCACCCGGUGAGGUCAGACCAGAUGAUGGACCCCCGGGACCAGUCCUACCUGGGUACGCUACUGGGGCUGGAGGCCCCUUCGUCUGUGCAGAACAUGUCGAACUCCGAUCACACACACUGAUUCUCUUCAACCAAAAACGGAGACUUUAAUAACAAGAGGAACAUGAGCUGCACAUGAGGAAGAAUCAUGAUUGACUCACAUUACAAACGAGAAGAAAAAUUACAGCCCUGCACCCGAUUUAGUUCUUCUGUGCAUGAUACAGGACAAAAAAACCACUCUGGAAACUCUUACUUUUAAAUAAGAAUUCUUAUUUCAGUCGUGUGUUCACUAUCCUCACAUAUAACCACUAACCUUCCAGUGGGGCUGCACGAUUUUGGCCAAAAAUAAAAUCUA